UAUGUUGAAUGAUUUGGUAGUCGCUUAAAAUACUUUUCCUGUUGUUUGCAUUGGAGUUGUCCACAGCUGCCUCUCCACAAAGGGUUAACAGAUUCCUCCGGAGUCCAAGGGCUGGAUCUUGACCCCGAGGCUCCUGCCAGCUCAGCAGCAGCUAUCAUUUCCCAGAAAGGAAACACCCCAGUGUGAGCUGAACUCUGAGCUCAGGUAAGAGAAACCAGCCAGUCACCUCCCUGCUCCCAGCCAUGGCCGCUGAGAGCUCUGUACAAAGCCUCUGGGAUGAAGUGACCUGCUCCAUCUGCCUGGACUUCUUCAGGGAUCCAGUGAUGAUCAUGGGCUGUGGGCACAACUUCUGCCGAGCCUGCAUCACCCAGUGUUGGGAGGGGGCCGAGAUAGACGUCGCCUGCCCCCAGUGCAGACAGACCUUUCCGCAGAGGAUCCUGGGCCCAAACAGGCAGCUGGUGAAUGUGAUAGAAAUAGCCAAAAAGCUGAGUGUGCUGGCAGUGAAAGGGGAAGGAGGGGAGCGUGUGUGUGAGAAGCAUGGGGAGGCUCUGAAGCUCUUCUGCAAGACAGACCAGAUACUGAUGUGCUUGAUCUGCCGGAAGUCCCGGGCACACCGAGCUCACCCCGCGGCUCCCAUCCAGGAGGCUGCGCAGCAGUACAAGGUACAAAUUCAGGCUCGUCUGGAUAUUCUAAGGGAAAAGAGAAAGAGGCUUGAAGCACUGAGAGCGAAUGAAAAAGAGAAACACCAGGAAUAUCAGGUCGGUGCUUGUGGCUAGUAGUGAUGAGGGUGGCCUGGAGGGAGGGGAAAGGGUCU